AUGAUCAAAUGUAGAGUUAUAUUGCAAAAACGCGCAAAAGCUGUGUGCUCUAUUAUCGCCCAAAAAUUAGAGCAGCAUUAUGUAGCAGCAGAUUCAAAUAGUUCAACUCCUGCCAAAAGUUUCGUACCCUGUAAGGUUUGCGGUGACAAAGCCAGUGGAUUUCAUUACGGUGUUACAAGUUGCGAGGGUUGUAAGGGUUUCUUCCGAAGGAGUAUUCAAAAGCAGAUCGAGUAUCGAUGUUUGCGAGAUGGAAAAUGUUUAGUGAUAAGAUUAAACAGAAAUCUUUCACAAGCUCAUCAUGCUCACUGUGUCUUUACUGAUGAAUCCACGAAGAGUCUCGUACGAAAACCAAUGGUUAUACCGCCAACAAGUCCAGAAGAUCCUGAAGCUGCAUCCUCUACUGCUGAGACUGUAGAAACUCAACGGAUUUGGUUGUGGCAACAAUUCGCGGCCCGAGUGACGCCUUCAGUUCAAAGGGUUGUGGAAUUCGCAAAACGAGUGCCAGGUUUUUGUGAAUUGACUCAAGACGAUCAGUUAAUACUUAUUAAAGUUGGCUUUUUCGAAGUAUGGCUGUGUCAUAUUUCGAAAAUGACUACUGAUACUUCAAUGACUUUCGAAGAUGGGACAUAUAUUACAAGGCAACAAAUUGAAUUGAUGUAUGAGCCAGAUUUUGUGAUGUCGUUAUUGCAGUUCACUACAUCUUUAAAUUCUUACCAGCUAUCUGACGCUGAGUUGGGAUUAUUUUCCGGUGCUGUGUUAUUAAGUGAACGACAAGGUCUGAACGAUGUUAAAGCGGUGCAAAAGUUGCAAGAUCGCUUAUUAGAAGGAUUACGAAUUCAAAAUGAUAGAAAUCAUUCUCUUACAAAUGAUACUGUUCCUGGUAGUGGUUCUUCAUCAGGGGUUAGUAUAGCUCAAAGGAUACCGGAACUAAGAGCACUUGGUUCACGACACGCUAACUUACUUGAUUGGUUUCGAAGAAACUGGACAAAGCUCAAAUUACCACCGUUAUUUGCUGAAAUAUUUGACAUUCCCAAAUGUGAAGAAGAUCUACAGUGA